GCCCUGCGCCUGUGGCCCCGCUGACCCCGCUGCACUGCCACCCUUUUGCCAACAGUCCUGGGGACAUCGCUGGGUUCCAGGGCCCCACGGCCACAGCCAUGUUUCGCAGGAAGCGCAGCGUCUCCUUUGGGGGCUUCGGAUGGAUCGACAAGACCAUGCUGGCGAGCCUAAAGGUCAAGAAGCAGGAGCUGGCCAACAGCUCAGAUGUGACCUUCCCAGACCGGCCGCUGUCCCCUCCUCUCACUGCACCUCCCACCAUGAAGUCGGCGGAGUUCUUCGAGAUGCUGGAGAAAAUGCAGGGGAUCAAGCUUGAAGAGCAGAAGCCAGGACCCCAGAAGAACAAGGAUGACUACAUCCCGUAUCCCAGCAUCGAUGAGGUUGUGGAGAAGGGAGGUCCGUACCCCCUGAUUGUCCUGCCCCAGUUUGGGGGCUAUUGGAUUGAAGACCCGGAGAACGUGGGGACACCGACCUCCCUUGGCAGCAGCACCUGUGACGAGGAGGACGAGGACAGGCUCGGCCCCAGCACUUUCGGCUACAAGCUUGAGUGCAGGGGCGAAGCCGGGGCCUACCGCAGGCACUUCCUGGGGAAGGAUCACCUAAACUUCUACUGUACUGGCAGCAGCUUGGGGAACUUGCUUCUGUCCAUCAAGUAUGAAGAGGCGGAGGGCAUUGAGUACCUGCGGAUCAUUCUCAGGUCCAAAGCGAAGACCGUGCAUGAGCGGAUUCCCUUGGCUGGACUGAGCAAGUUGCCCAGUGUCCCUCAGAUUGCAAAGGCUUUCUGUGAUGAUGCAGUGGGGCUGAAAUUCAAUGCUGUCCUGUACCCCAAGGCCUCCCAAAUGAUUGUGUCCUAUGAUGAGCACGAUGUCAACAACACAUUCAAAUUCGGGGUCAUUUAUCAGAAAGCCAGGCAGACCCUGGAGGAGGAGCUAUUUGGGAACAACGAGGAGAGCCCAGCUUUCAAGGAGUUCUUGGACCUGUUGGGGGACACGAUCACACUGCAGGACUUCAAAGGUUUCCGAGGCGGCCUGGAUGUGACCCACGGACAGACCGGGGUGGAAUCAGUAUACACGAUAUUCCGGGACAGGGAGAUCAUGUUUCACGUCUCCACAAAGCUGCCGUUUACUGAGGGAGACGCCCAGCAGCUCCAGAGAAAGAGACACAUUGGGAAUGACAUUGUGGCCAUCAUCUUCCAGGAAGAAAACACACCGUUUGUCCCAGAUAUGAUUGCCUCCAACUUCUUACAUGCCUACAUUGUUGUGCAGGUUGAGAACCCAGGCACAGAGACCCCAUCCUACAAGGUGUCAGUCACUGCACGGGAAGAUGUGCCCGCCUUUGGCCCACCGCUGCCCAGCCCUCCUGUUUUCCAGAAGGGCCUGGAGUUCAGGGAGUUUCUGCUCACCAAGCUCACCAAUGCAGAGAACGCUUGCUGCAAGUCGGACAAGUUUGCGAAGCUAGAGGACCGGACGAGGGCCGCCCUUCUGGACAACCUUCAUGAUGAGCUUCACACCCACACACAGGCCAUGCUGGGCCUGGGCCCAGAAGAGGACAAGUUUGAGAAUGGGGGCCAUGGGGGCUUUUUGGAAUCUUUUAAGAGAGCCAUCCGUGUGCGCAGCCACUCCAUGGAGACCAUGGUGAGCAGCCAGAAGAAGCAGCACAGUGCAGGCAUCCCCGGCAGCCUCAGUGGAGGCAUCUCCCACAACAGCAUGGACGUCACCAAGACCACCUUCUCGCCUCCAGUGGCGGCGGCGGCGGUGGUGGCGAAGAACCAGUCGAGGAGCCCCAUCAAGCGGCGGUCGGGGCUCUUCCCCCGUCUGCACACAGGCUCUGAAGGCCAAGGUGACGGCCGGACACGAUGUGACAGCGCAUCCAGCAACCCCAAGACCCCGGACGGUGCACACUCUUCUCAAGAGAUAAAGUCUGAGGCCUCAUCCAAUCCCAGUUCUCCGGAAAUCUGCCCCAACAAGGAGAAGCCCUUCAUAAAGUUGAAGGAGAAUGGCCGAGCCAACAUCUCCCGCUCCUCCUCCAGUACCAGCAGCUUCAGCAGCACGGCAGGGGAGGGAGAGGCCAUGGAGGAGUGUGACAGCGGGAGCAGCCAGCCGUCCACAACCUCCCCCUUCAGGCAGGAGGUGUUUGUCUACAGCCCGUCCCCGAGCAGCGAAAGCCCCAGCCUGGGGGCGGCCGCCACCCCCAUCAUCAUGAGCCGGAGUCCUACAGAUACCAAAAGCAGAAACUCCCCGAGGUCAAACCUGAAAUUCCGCUUUGAUAAGCUCAGCCACUCCAGCUCUAGUGCGGGUCACUAAUGUGAAAGGAUUCCUUCGCCUGUCAAAGGGAAACCCCGAUUCUGUCUCGGAGAAGGCUCCUGUUCCAGCAGUUUGGGGGUGCCAUUCACUACUCUGACCGUUACAGUCCUCCUGCCCCUCCGGCCACCUGCCCACCAGACCAGUUAUCUGUCCCAGUGUCCCCAUCCGGCCACGGUCCUACCUGUCCCCCUUGCCAGGGCACCCUGGAAGCACUUUUCCUUCUCUGGACAAAGCCUCACUCCUCCAGGUCCCCCUGACCGCCCCGUGUGAUGUGUGUCUGGGUCCUUUGUCAUCUUGUUUUGUCUGUAGAGGAAAGAGAUGGGCGAGGGGGGGAUUAUGGGUCCUAGGGACUCGGUCAGAGACAAGAGAGGCAGAGACAGUGGUGAGGUGGGGGGCGGAGGCCUGGGUGUGACAGACAUACUGAAUAGAUGUAGUGCUGGGGAGGGACCACUUUCCCACGGACCGAGAUUUAUAGCCGCCCUCCAAGAAGCCCUGAUAGAGACCGGCUGUGAUGCCCCCACGACCGUGUGCUUCUGCGCUAGGAGUGUCCUCCUUGCCCACCUGCUGACACCAGGCCCAGCACCGCCUCUGUCCCUGCUGCCGCAGCUGCCCUGCUGCCGCAGCUGCGUGCAUGUGAGGUGCUCUUCCUCAGCACACCUGGUGGCUGUUGCUGUGAGCGGGGCCCUGUGCGGAUCUCUGGGCUCCAAGCAGGUGUUUUCCCCAAGACGGGGCGGGCAGCCCAGAGCGGGAAGGGAUUCAGGGAGAGCCAGCCAGCCGCACUCUGGGGCCUGGGCUGCGGAGGACCCUGGGGCCGUGGGCUGCUCUGGGCCGGCUUGGCCGUGGGUCUCCGCUUGCUGUAGAGGCUCGUGGAAGAGCUACUUCAGGCUACCCCUCAGGGUAGGUCGGGGAGGCGACGUCGGGGAUGAGCUGUUCGGCUUGGCCCGGCCUGUGUGCGGGCACGGAAUGUAGGUGUGCGGGAAGGGACGGGAUCCCUCUGCAGUUUGUGCUCCUGGCAUCUGCGGGGCCCCAGUGCUACCUUGGGGGUUCUUCCCAACUGCUGUGCCCUCCGUCCAUGUUGGCACUUGGUCCCCUGUCCCCUUUCUCAAUCACGGUUCUAUAGGCAGUGGUCAUGUUGGUGGGGUUUUUACAACCUGGUCCCCGGCCGGGUGCGGUUCAGACACUGCCUGGCCCCGUCUGCCCGGGCAGAGCAGCCCACUUAGGGGCGGCCCCACAGUCGCGCUUCUCGCCCUUCUGCGUCUGCGCUGCGAAAGGUCAUUUCCGCUGACGGGCCGCGGUGGGGGUUACAGCGGGGUGGCAGGUAAAACAUGGGUCUGGGGAGCAGAGCCUGGAAGGCACCACAGCUUCAAGUGCACCCCGGGCCUCUGUGACACGGGACAGCCAGGGUAACUCAGCCUGGCCUCCUAUUUUAAGGAGCAGGCGACAAGGAUUUCUACCAGAUAUUCUAUUUGCACUGGGUUCUGGGCCCAUUCCCAAGUCAAAGCAACCCCAAGUCAAUGUUCUACUUGUUUUUGACUGAUGUGACAAUUUCCUAUUGCCUUUGCUGUCAGAGCAAAACCUUGGCCCUUCGUCUCUCACGCACGUGGACGUUGUGGUAUCGGUGGACCUCUCCCCUCACCUAUUUGGGAAAUGUGUUUACUUAAAGCACUAGUCCGGUGAAAUUUCUUCUAGUGAGAAGGUCAACACAUGUUUGUGUAGCUUUUAUUAAAAGUCACUGGAGCGGGCCCGCUGCUGGCACGAGGCCUGCGGACCCUGGCAGCGUGCUGUUGGCUGAGUUUCUGAAGGAUCUUGAAAGGUCAAGCUGCAUUUAAAAAAGACAGACCCAAAACGAUUCCGGGCUCCGGCCUGCUUCUCUGGGUAGCCGGUAUUUACAGCUGCUUGGUGGUUGUGCUGUGUUGUAUUGUGGUCUGGGGUCCUCUGGGGUUUCCAGGUGGGCCCCACGCUCUCGUGCCUGGGAACCUCACACCGCCUUCCUCCACUGCUCUUGAUGCUGCUCUCACAGCCCCCACUGUCUGGGGCGGGGGGCCCUGUCCCAGCCUCUGAGCCAGUGGCCAGGUUGGCAGGCCGUGUCCAGGGAAACUGAGAGGCACAGGCAUGCUCCCUACGAAGCAGGCCUGAGAGGUGUUCUCUGCCGCCUUUGCUGGGCAUAUGUUGGGCUGGAUCUGAAAUGUCCCUCCCUCUGGGUCCGGAUCCUGUAGCUUUUAGAGUAUAAGUGACCAGCGCCCCCCCAGCCCCCCGCCCCCGAGAUCCUGGAGCUGAGGGGGAGGAGGACAGGGAGUGGGCAGUCUUACCUCACCCCCCUGACCAUGGGGCAGGUGGCUCGGGUUCCUGGAGGCGGCUCCCCCCAUAUUCUCCUGUAUCUGCUCUGGCCCAAAAUUUCCUUUUAUUGCUGCGCCCAGUCUUGGGGCUCAAGUCUCCUCGGUCCCUGUGACCCGACUCAUUCUGACGGUGCUCAUGCUGGUAUUUGAGGCACUCUGCUUGUGACCUGGACACAGGAGGAGUGUUUCCUGGACACAGCUCUGCCUCUGGGAACUGCCUGACUCAUGGAAGAAACAACACUCGUCAGGUUCUUAGGGUACCCAUUUGCCUCUACUCAGUUGCUGCUUAAAAACAGAGGCAGAAAGAACUUGAGAGAGAAGAUCUUAUUAGUUAGAGUUUCUAAUGAAUGGAAAAUGAUGAAUGAAUGAAAAAUGAGUGAAAAACACCCUGUGGUUCAGCCUUGUUGGCAUCAUCUCAGUGUCCCAGCCUUCCAGGCCCCUUUUGACAUCGAAUCCAUCCAGAUUAUUGUCCAGCUGAGAAACCUCAGUCCCCAUGGGGAAAUAACUCGGUGGAGGCCUCACAAUCAGCAAGUCGCAAAGCUGGGACUAGAACCCACAACCCAGAGCCGUUUUGUCUGCGCCACAUACAUGGUCGCUUCAACAAAUGGCUGCACUUGCCGGAACCCUGAACUCUGGAGGAGCCUCACUUGUGCCGGGAUACUGGUUGGGAGCUGUCCGCAGUCAUGUGGGGCCUCCGUCUCUGUGAGGGUCCUGGGGUUUUGGAGGCAGCUUGAGCAGAGAAAACGAGGAGGGCAAGAGCUUUUAGUGGACUGUCCAGGUAACAUCAGUUCUUCAACUCUGCCCUGUAGUGCAGGUGGAGGCCAGGGCCGAGAUGCAGUUAACUAACCCUCAGUUUCCUCCUCUUAAGUUAAACGUGGUAAAAGAAAACUCUCCUGUUCUCCCUGAUCCUUAAACAGAGAUGGUUAAUAAAAACGUAGGCUCAUGUGACGAGGCGGGAUGAGAGCCAGCGUCGCUUUCUUCCCCUGGCUGUUGAAGGGGCCAGUGCCAACACUACCCUCUUCGUUCGAUUCUGAGUCAACAGAGACUGGUUGUCGUGGGGGGUGGUGAGGGGUCAAGUGGGUGACUGGCAGGGACCUAGCCAUCCAGCCAUGCUUGGGACCCCACAGCGUCUCCCCAGAUCUCUCACUCUCUUUCUCAAAGG